UGGACGAGUCCGCGCGCAAGAGGAUCCAUUCUGCCUCCCGUACGCGCUCCGGAGAGACUGAAGAAAAGGGAGAUGCGAGAGGCGGCAAGUGAGAGUUUGGCGCGACUCGGAUGAAGCACGGAGCCUCAGAUACUCGGGGACUGUUCCUCCUCUUUAAAACUGGUGCCGAGCAUCGCAGCGGACAGCUUCACCUCGCCUCCAUCGUUUGGCUUGGAUCGUCUCAGAGAAAAAAAACCUCUGGUCAGGUCCUUCAAAGGAAUCAACGCCAUUGCGUUUAUAAGGUUGUGUUUGUGUUACUACUGACCGGCCAUGAUCCUGAACGCCUCUGACCUGGGCUGGGAGGAGUCCUCAGGUGCAGACCCCUUCUUCCCUGUGGACCAGCAGGACAACCCUUCAUCCUAUGAGGUCCCGCCCCUCACGGUGUGGGGCGUGGCCCUGUGUGUUUCAGGAACUCUCAUCGCCGCCGAGAAUGCCAUCGUUGUCACCACCAUCUUGGCCACCCCGUCUCUACGCGCCCCCGUGUUCCUGCUGCUGGCCAGCCUCGGACUGGCGGAUCUCCUGGCAGGAGUCGCCUUGAUCCUUCACUUCCUCUUCCAUUUCUGUGUGGAGCCCAGUGAUUGGUCAGAAUUGCUGACCUCGGGACUGCUGGUAACAUCACUCACUGCCUCACUGUGCAGCCUGAUGGGCGUUGCCCUGGACCGUUACCUGUCUCUGAGCCACGCCCUCACCUAUGGCUCAGGCGAAUCACGUCGCAGAGCUGCCGGCCUCCUGCUGCUGGUCUGGUUGGGUGCAUGUGUCAUCGGGGCGGGGCCAGCAAUGGGAUGGCACUGUCUGGGAGAGCCCGACUCCUGUUCUGUAGCACGGCCCCUCACGCGGGCAUACCUGUCACUGCUGUGUGGAGGCUUCCUUGUGGUUGUCAUGGUUACCCUGCAAUUGUAUGCUGGGAUCUGCCGCGUGGCAAGGCGCCACGCCCACGCCAUCGCCACCCAGAGGCACUUCCUCCCUGCCACACAUUCAUAUGCAAGCAAACACAGCAGUGGGCGGGGCUUCUCUCGGUUGAUCCUGGUCCUCAGUGUGUUUGUGGGCUGCUGGAUGCCCUUCUCCCUCUGGGGGCUGCUGGGAGACGCGUCCAGCCCUCCUCUCUACACCUACGCCACCUUGGUGCCAGCAGCAGGCAGCUCCCUGCUGAACCCCAUCCUCUACAGUCUGAGAAAUAAAGACAUUCGCAAGGUGCUGCUUCAGGCCUGUUGCCCCAACAGAUGCACACACAACACACACAUACACAACCCCGUGGAUGUGUAGACUGCCAAAUCCUUGCCAGAGUCGAAACGACACACAAUCUAUGCUAGACAUAUCACUGUUUGUGUGCCAAGAUACACACAUAGCUGCAUUGACUGUCAUCCAAAUCCAGAACAUGAAGCCUCACACACACACACACACACACACUCCCACGCACACAAGCAGCACUUUUCUGAGAGCAGUUGUCCUCCUGCAGAUCAGAAUGUACUGGACUGCCCUCACAGGCAGCUCGGCUGUUGCCACAAAGAUUGAACGUACUGUAUUCUGUGCACUUUGUGCCUCAUCUAACUGUCAAUUGUAGCUCCCCCGAAGAAACAAUCACAGGGAUGUUAUAUGUAUAACCCCACUCAUAAAAAGUGGAAUUUAAUGACCAUCAGCACUUUAAGAGAAAAAUAAGGGAUGGGUUUGAAAUGUAAGCCUAAUCACAGCGUAAUGAGAAAAAGAUCCAAAGCCCACUCUUAUUUACUUACACACCGUGUUCUAGAUCUUUGAGAUUCUAUUUUGCACAUGCUGUUAAAGGCACUUUGAAAGGUACUGACCAUAUGUUCGUGUUGCACAACCUUUUUUGAAAUGAAUUAAUAUUUUAUACAAAUGAAUAAAAAAUGUGCUUUUUUCUA